AUGACCGCCAGUUGGCGUCACUCGGGAGCCCUAACUGCUCAGUAUGAGAAUAAACUUGACGAGCAGCUUAAGGUCUCCGAGGAAAGACAUGCUGAGGAGCUCAGGGCAGCUGAGGCAAAAUAUAACGAGCAACUCGAGGCAGCCAAGGUUAAAUACUCCGAGCAACUUGAGGCAACUGAGAAGAAAAAUGUUGUCCUGCUCGAGGAGAAGACCACGCUGGCCGAAGAGUUGAAACAGCAUCAGACAACCUUGGCCAAGGUCAUUGAGACGAAAGAGAAAUACAAGGAGUCUUCUAAACUUAACUGCCAGGAAGCCUCUGAACUCCAAGAUGACCUGGUCAUUAGUAGAAAAGAGACAGAGGGGUUGGAGGAGUACAUCAAAGAGCUCAAGGAGACCAAUGCGAGCAACUUAGAGAGGUACAAGGGUGCCAGCUUCAAUUGCUUCUAUGCUUUUUGGAAGCAUAAACACGAGGCAGACUUCAGCUAUCUCUCCAAACGCCUGAGGUAA